AUGAAUUGUGGGUCUUCUCAGUUUCCUAUUGUAGCAACUAAAAUCAAUAUAAGAGAUCCACUGAUGAGCACCAUUCAUUCUUCGAAUGUUGUUAUGCCUGUUGUUGGAGGUGUCGGUGAAUUAGUAACAAAUUCCUAUCCCUCUCCCGUUAAAUCUAACCAUGACCAACAAAUGCCGACAUCAACUGUUUUUAUACAACAAACACUAAACCACAAUCACCAUAACCACCACAAUAAUAAUAAUAAUCGAACUUAUAAUAAUUCUUCGAGCACAACAUCAAAAUCUGUUAAUCAUAAUCAAAUGUCUUCGGAUGAUGAUGACGAGUUUUCACUAUUGACAAUAAAAACCUCUUUAAAAAGAAAUAGAUCACCUUCAAUAACAGAUGAGACAACUACAAAUCAUAAAAUUACAGUAAACGAAAAUACAACAGGGGAAAAGCAAGAUCUUUCUCCUCCUAUACCAAUUAUAUUAACGGAAAAAACAAUAACUAAUGGACCAACAACAGUAACUGGUACCGCAGUUGUAAGACGGAAUCGAAAAAAACGACAAACAGCCGAUAUUGAUCAUAGCUUAGGUCGCCAUUUAUCCGCUGAUAGAUUACACGUGUAUCGGUGGCCCAAUGGCGACUCGUUAGCUGAUUUACAUGUUUUACAAGAACAAAUUUGUGAUUAUCUAAGUCUGAAAUCAUUCAAAAGAAAAUAUCCUGAUAUAACUCGUCGUGUUGUUGAUUUACACGAGCGAGAAUAUUUAAAAUCUCAAAAUGUUGUUACAGAAACACAAUGUGAUCUUGGCUUAACAGCAUUGAAACUCGACGAAAUACUUCAUAUAAUGUCGAUUGAUUAUCCAGAUAAACAUCGAAUAAAUGAUCGUUCAGCAAAACAACCUGCACUCAAUAUUCGCCAUGAUAUAAUUCGUUCUACAGCUGAGUAUAAUCAACAAAUACAAAAAGAAAGGCGAAAGGAUAGGCGAGCUUGUUUUGAUUUACAAACAAUGCAAAUUCAUUUUCCAGCUCACACCCAAUUUCGUUUACCUCCCAAUCUUAGUCAAGUUGGAUCUUAUCCAGUAGCUCUUGUACCGGGACAAUACCAUGAUGCCUACAUAAAGUAUACUUCCGAUGAAUUGAAAUAUAUGCCAAUCAAUACAGCUUUAUAUUAUUAUCCAAAGCCCUUAUCAUUAAUACAAGCCGAACGUUUAGAUCAGGUUGCAUCGAGCGAUGAGGAAAACGAAGACGAAAUGGUGCUAGGAUCAUCACCUCAAAAUCAACAAUAUAUCAAUAUUUCUUCCGCUCCGAUUCAAUCACACCCGCCUUCUGUCGCUCUUCAAUCUCAGCAAAUUCAGUCUUCACCAGUUUCAAAUAAUACUUAUAUUGAGUCACAGUCAUCUUAUACAAACGGUCCAUUAUCUCGUACAUUAAUAAAUAAACAAAAUUCUUUGAACAGUCACAAUAAUCAAAGUGCAGAAGAGCUUUCUUCAUCGAAUAAUAGUAUAACAGCGAUAAAUAUGUGUUAUGUGUGUAAACAACAACGCUCAUCAAAACAACAACAUGAUGAUCUAUUCGUGACAUGUUCAACCUGUUUACAUCGUUCUCAUCCUCAUUGUCUUGAUAUUAACUUAGAAAUGUUGCAGAUUAUUCAAACGUAUCAGUGGCAAUGUAUGGACUGUAAAAAUUGUUCAACAUGUAAUAAACCACAUGACGAGGUAAUCUUAAGCUACUUUCAAUUAAGCAACUAUUCUUAUUUGUGUUCAAAGGCUCAAAUGAUGUUUUGUGAUCGUUGUGAUCGUGGUUAUCAUACAUAUUGUGUUGGUCUUCAAGCUAUUCCUGAUGGAUCGUGGCAGUGUUCAGCUUGUGUGAUAUAUAAACGAGAAGCAGUAACACCGCCGCCUCUAUCCACAACACCACCGAUUCCAAAAAACAAACAGGGAAGAAUAGCAAAUAACAGUCGUUUAUCCUCAUUGCCAAUCACUACUACUACAUCAUCUUCCUCUACAGCACCCAGUCGUGGUCGUGGCAAUUCUCGUCGAGGUCGUGUGAAAGCAGUUGUCAGCUCGUCUACUAAUCAUUCUUUUCCAUUAUCCCCAUUGAAUACGUCUUCAAAUUCGUCUACAACAAACGAUGCUUCCACACCACUACCGCACAUGUUUGUUCAACCAUCGAUACCGUCACAUGAUACAUCGCUGAACAGUUUGAAUCCAAUUCUAAAUUAUUCUCCGACAAUUGCUUCAUCUUCACUAACUUUAAACGCUAACAGUUCGAAUCUGAAUCUCGUUGAUUCAAAACAUUCAUGGACAACAAAUAAUCAGAGAUAG